CGGAAGCAGCCGCCGACGCUCGCGGGCGCCGAUGAGGAUGAAACGAGUCUGAAUGUGAAUUAAUUUUUGUUCCUGUGAAGGUUUUAAAGUGCGACAGUGUGAGCACACAGCGGCCAGAGACAAGAAGGAGUGUGUUUGUGUGAGUCCAGUCCACUGUGGUUGUUUGUCUGCUGUACUACAGAGACCAGACUCCUGCUGUGUGAAGUUCUCCAGCCUGUGGUACUUCCUGCUGUUGACUGGCAGUGAACUAACCUGGGGAGAUGGACCAGAACAACAGUAUACCAGCCUUCCAGGGGCUGGCUUCCCCUCAGGGGGCCAUGACUCCAGGCAUGCCAAUCUUCAGUCCCAUGAUGCCGUAUGGCUCAGGCCUGACACCGCAGCCCGUCCAAAACACCAACAGUUUGUCUAUACUGGAAGAACAGCAGAGGCAACAACAGCAGCAGCAACAACAACAGGCGCAACAAGCAAACACGGGUCUUCCUGGGACGUCGGGGCAGACCCCCCAGCUUUACCAUUCCCAGACAGUAGCAGGCCCGACCACCACAGCACUGCCGGGGAAUACUCCGCUCUACAACACCCCGCUGACCCCCAUGACCCCUAUCACACCGGCCACACCGGCUUCAGAGAGCUCUGGAAUAGUACCACAGCUACAAAACAUUGUAUCUACUGUAAAUCUGGGCUGUAAACUGGACUUGAAGACGAUUGCUCUGAGAGCCAGGAAUGCAGAGUACAACCCAAAGCGUUUUGCUGCCGUCAUCAUGAGAAUACGAGAACCCAGGACCACUGCGCUCAUCUUCAGCUCUGGGAAGAUGGUCUGCACCGGAGCCAAGAGUGAGGAGCAGUCGAGGUUAGCAGCUAGAAAAUACGCCCGUGUGGUGCAGAAGCUUGGUUUUCCUGCGAAGUUCCUGGACUUCAAGAUUCAGAACAUGGUGGGAAGCUGUGACGUGAAGUUCCCUAUUCGUCUGGAGGGAUUAGUCCUCACACAUCAACAGUUUAGCAGCUACGAACCAGAGCUGUUUCCAGGACUGAUUUACAGAAUGAUCAAACCCAGAAUCGUCCUGCUCAUCUUUGUCUCUGGGAAAGUUGUACUCACAGGUGCCAAGGUGAGAGCGGAGAUCUACGAAGCGUUUGAAAACAUCUACCCCAUCCUGAAAGGCUUCCGCAAGACAACGUAGAACCUGGAGCACCCUCUUUUAUCUUCUCCCCAACACCGCCUCUUUUUACUCUUUUUUUUUUUUAAAUUCAUGUGAAGCGUCAUCUACACGUUGACCUCUACAUGUGGACUGCUGUAAGGGCUGUUGUAAAGGGAUGUGAGUCGACUUUGUUUCUUCGAAAAACAGGAUUUUUACAGAUUUUUGUUGCUGUGUUCUAAUCCCAAGUGAUACGUUUCACACACAGACAUCUCCAUUUAUUUGGAAACUUCUCUCUGUUUUUGCCCAGUUAUUUUUGGCUUUUACUGUUGUCCUGAUCACAUCCCUGAUUGUACAUAUGACUGUAAAGACAUGUAAAAAAUAUCGCUGAUUAGAAGAGAAGCGGUCUGACUAGGACCGUUUUUUUUGUUUUUUGUUUUUAUUUUAAACUCUUUUAAAUAGUUUUGUACAUUGCGUUUUUAUUAAUCGUCCACUCAGUCCCCAAAUUGUAUCAAGACGCGUUCGAGUCCGUCAGCCCCACAUUCCUUAACAGUAUUUGCAGUAGUUCGAGAGUAUGUUCAUGCCAAACCGAAUCAGUCUGCUUUGUGAGAGUUUUAUAUUGAUAUCUUCUACAUUCAAAUCAGUUGGAUCUCGAUUCAGCGAAGUCCUAAUUUAAUAAAUGCUGGAAGUGACUUUGCCUCUAAAUUCAAAUCACACAGUACAGUACAGUCUGUUAACUGAAGUUGGAUGCUCUUAAAUGUUGAAUUGGCAGUUAAACUAAACUGAUCCCAGGCCUGCUGCUGAAGUUGUCAUCAUGUCGUUUAGUUCUUUCAAGAUUUGUGUCACUUAGUUUGAGUUCCUGACAUAAAUUUGUACUUUAAACUCAACCAGAACCAAAACGUGAAGGAAAGACACCGUUGGUCCUAAAGUAGAAAACCUCGUCUCUUAAAUUCACGUCCGGUAUCUUCACUAGCACAAGCACUAAGGCGUCAUGAUGGCAGGUCAACUAUGCAUCAUGUUUAUGUAUUGUUUUAAAGUUUUUCUAUCUACUUUUUUGGCCAUUUAAGACUAUAUUUAAAAGUUGUUGUUUUUUUUUUUCCUUUUUCUAAAGAAUCGUUUUUCAGCAUAGGCACGUUCAUCGGUCUUGGUUGUCCACGCUGUUCGCUCAGCCACACGCCAAAAACGAGUUUAAAUUCUGGGCACUUCUGGUGUGCUUGUGUGUCACUGGCAACUUUGACUGUUUAAUCGUCUGUGUGGACAGCAGAAUGGCUGAAGAGAUGAAGGAUUAAUACUCCUCUUUGUGACGAGCUGGAGGUCAGGAAGUCCUGUCACAUCUAAAUGCAAUUCUUCUGAAAGUGUUAGUGCUGCACUGCGCAUUAAUAAAUGUGUAC